CUAAAAGAAAUAAAAGAAGAAGAAAAAGAAAGAGAGAGAGGAAGAAUAACGUGUCAGAGGAGAAGGAAGGGAGAGAAGAAAAAGAAAAAGAAGAAGAAAAGGAAAGUGACCAGCGGUAAGAGAGAGUAGAGAGGAAGCCGGCUCAGGGGAGAGAAACAAAGAGUUGGUGUUGCCGGUUUAAGGAGAAAAAGAAAAGGUUGAGCUGCUGUCGGUUUAAGGAGGAAAGGAGUUGAUUUUUUUUAGAGAGGAAUAAGAGGCUUUGUGCUGCUGGUUUGUGAGGGAAAGGAAGGGUGGUUGCAGCCAGCAUAAGGGGGAAGAAAGGAGAAAGAUGGAGAAGAAAAAAAAAAUGAAAAAGAAUUGGUGAACAAAUGAUGUUUCGAGUGAUGAGAUCACCUCAACAUUUGGCUUUGGGUUGUUUCUAUGCUCUGUGCAUCAUAGGUGCAGCUCAAGCUCAGAAUCAAUCUCAGCCUCCUACUGAUCCUGCUGAAGUACGAGCUUUGAACUCAAUAUUCCAAAAAUGGGGAAUUUCAGCGAGACGAAACCAAUGGAACAUAAGCGGCGAACCAUGCAGCGGAGCUGCCCUCGACUCUGACUCUACAGACAUUAAUAACGAUGAUUACAACCCUUUCGUCAAAUGUAACUGUUCUUUCAACAAUGGCUCUACUUGCCACAUCACCCAUCUGAAAGUUUUUGCGCUGAAUGUCGUGGGUCCGAUUCCAGAUGAGAUUUGGACUUUGACUUUUCUUACCAAUCUGAGGCUGGGCCAAAAUUACUUGACGGGUCCCUUAUCUGCUUCGAUUGGCAAUCUAACUCGAAUGCAGUGGCUGGCCCUUGGCCAUAAUGCAUUAUCAGGGGAGCUUCCAAAGGAAAUUGGAUUGCUUACUGAUUUAAGAUUCUUGGCCAUUGGAACUAAUAACUUCUCGGGUCCUUUGCCAUCGGAGAUUGGCAACUGCUCAAUGCUAGAACAACUUUAUUUUGAUAGUUCCGGUGUAACUGGUGAGAUUCCUUCAACAUUCACUAAUCUGCAGAACCUGCUAGCAGUGUCGGCAUCGGACACAGAACUUACAGGGAGGAUACCUGACUUUAUAGGGAAUUGGUCAAAGCUUCGUGUUUUGAGAUUUCAAGGAAACUCUUUUGAAGGUUCAAUGCCUUCAACAUUUUCCAAUCUUACUUCACUGACAGAGUUGAGGAUAAGCGGUUUAUCUAAUGGAAGUUCUCUAUCAUUUAUGAAGGAGAUGAAGUCCUUAAAUAUCUUAGAACUAAGGAACAAUAAUAUUUCUGAUACAAUUCCAUCCACUUUUGGAGAAUACCAGAGUUUGAGGCAGCUGGAUUUAAGCUUCAACAAUAUAACUGGACAGAUCCCAGACUCGCUUUUCAGUUUGAGUUCACUCAAUCAUUUGUUUCUUGGAAAUAAUAAGUUACAUGGCUCCCUUCCUGCACAAAAGAGUUCAUCUCUUCGCAAUAUAGAUGUGUCGUACAACAAUUUAGCUGGGAGCUUUCCUUCUUGGGUCAACGAACCAAAUUUGUCAAUUAAUUUAGUUGCCAACAACUUCACAAUAGGACAGUCAAAUGGCAGUGUUUUGCCAUCAGGAUUGAACUGCCUUCAGCGGAAUUUUCCUUGCAAAGGAGGACGUGGAACCUAUUCUAACUUUGCAAUUAAGUGUGGUGGUCCACAGAUUACAUCAUCUGAUGGGACUCUGUUCGAGAGGGAUGAUGAGACUCUUGGUCCAGCAUCAUAUUAUGUGACUGACACAAAUAGUUGGGCAGUCAGUAAUGUUGGGUAUUUCGCUGAGAGCAAAAAUCCACAGUACAAAAUUUCUUCAUCAUCUCAGUCCACAAGCACCCUAGACUCAAAACUAUUCCAGACAGCACGGGUUUCUGCUUCAUCACUAAGGUACUAUGGAUUGGGGCUUGAGAAUGGAAACUACACCGUGAGGCUCCAGUUUGCAGAAAUAGAAAUUAUGGAUACAAAAAGAUGGGAAAGUCUUGGGAGGCGUGUUUUUGAUAUAUAUAUCCAGGGUAAUCUUGUUUUGGAAGAUUUUGACAUACGCAAGGAGGCUGGUGGAGUUUCUAAACGAGCAGUACCAAAAGAGCUUAAGGCUCAGGUAUCAGAAAAUUACCUUGAAAUUCAUCUGUUUUGGGCUGGAAAAGGGACUUGCUGUGUACCAGCUGAAGGUAAAUAUGGACCAUCCAUUUCAGCAAUCAGUGCUACCUCAGAUUUCAUACCUACUGUUAAUAAUAACGCUCCAACAAGCAAGAAGAGUAGAACUGGUCUGAUCGUGGGGAUUGUUGUUGGUGUCGGAGUUGUAAGCCUUCUGUCUGUUGCAGCUUUCUGCAUUUUUAGAAAAAGAAGGGCCCAUAGGAAAGAUGAUGAAGAGCUCCUAGGAAUAGAUGCUAGACCAUACACUUUCAGUUAUGCUGAACUAAAAGCUGCUACAGAGGAUUUCAAUCCUGAAAAUAAGCUUGGAGAGGGAGGAUUUGGGCCAGUCUAUGAGGGAAAACUUGAUGAUGGAAGAGUAAUUGCUGUGAAGCAAUUGUCCAUAGCAUCACGCCAAGGCAAGAGUGAGUUUGUUACAGAAAUUGCCACCAUAUCGGCUGUGCAACACCGUAACCUUGUCAAACUAUAUGGAUGCUGUUUCGAGGCAGAUCAAUGUCUCCUUGUUUAUGAGUAUCUGGAAAACAAGAGUCUAGAUCAAAUACUUUUUGCAGGAAAAAAUUUGAACCUCAGCUGGUCUACACGUUAUGAUAUAUGCUUGGGAGUGGCACGAGGUCUGGCUUAUCUUCAUGAAGAAUCAAGUGUCCGCAUUGUGCACAGAGAUGUCAAGGCCAGUAAUAUUUUGCUCGGUUCUAAGCUCAUCCCAAAAAUCUCUGAUUUUGGUUUAGCCAAACUUUACGAUGAUAAGAAAACCCACAUAAGCACCCGUGUUGCAGGGACAAUUGGGUAUCUUGCACCGGAGUAUGCCAUGCGUGGACACCUUACAGAGAAGACUGAUGUGUUUGCCUUUGGUGUUGUGGCUCUAGAGAUUGUUAGCGGAAGACCUAACUCUGACUCUAGCUUGGAGGAAGAGCAGAUCUACCUUCUUGAAUGGGCUUGGUACCUGCAUGAAAACAAUCGUGAGGUUGAACUAGUGGAUGGUAGUUUAUCAGAAUUCAACGAGGAAGAAGUGAAGCGUGUAAUAGGAAUAGCUCUUUUGUGCACUCAAGCAUCACCAAUGCGAAGGCCAUCCAUGUCCCGUGUGGUGGCUAUGCUUUUGGGAGACGCUGAAGUGAGCAGAGUGGUUUCAAAGCCUGGAUACUUAACUGACUGGAAGUUUGAUGACACCAGUUUUAUGAGUAAUCAGGCAACUAGAGCGAGUGAAACCAGCUAUGAUACCUCAACAAGUGCAACCAUAGUAGCUAAUACAGAGAAUUCACCAAUAGACGUUACUAAACCUAUGCUCCAUAGUAUCAUUGGCGAGGAAAGGUGAGAUUUUCUCCUUUUUGAUCAUUACUGUUUUGGUGUAAAUCUAAACAAUUCAUGUAGUCUUCUUUGUAAAUCAUGUGUAUAACUACAGAAUGUGAGCUGCAAGCGGUUACUAGUUUGAAUGUUUGGUUGGUUUUACAAUUAUUUUGGAAAUAAAAUUUGAAGUUUUAUCCA